GUUCCUAAAUUCCGUCAUUUUCGAAAAGACAAAUGCCGAACUGAAUUUCAUCCUUUAGGAACAGUAUUGAUUAUUGGAUCAUGGAGCUCUCCGUUUCAGAGCUUAAUGAUUCCUUUUGCCGGCGCUAUUGCGGCUGGAAAUUGUGUAGUUAUUAAACCAAAUGAAUUAUCAACAGAAACAGGAGAACUUUUAUAUGAACAGAUUCCAAAAUACCUCGAUAGAAGUAUCUGCCAAGUUUUAAGUUGUACCUUAGACGAAACUAGAGAAUUUAUUGAUGAAAACAAGAUGGACUUUAUUUUCUUCUCUGGAGUUAGCAGUGAUGGUGCUUUCAUUAUGUCAGAAGCUGCUAAGACUAUAACCCCAGUAUGUCUGGAUCUAAGUGGAAAAUGGUACAAUAUUCCUGCAUAUAUCGACGACUCUGCAGAUGUUGAGCUAUCUGCUAAACGUAUAAUGUGGGGAAAGAUUUAUAAUUGUGGUCAAUCGUCCCUGGCGCCUGAUUACGCUCUAUGUCAUCUAGAUAUCCAGGCGAGGCCUCAUUGCCUCGGUUUUUACAAUGAGCUACCAAAUGUGGAUACUGACGACUAUGGUCGAAUUGUGAGCCAGGCGCAUACUCAGCGCCUGAAAGAGCUCAUGCUGGAAACACGGGGAAUUCUUGAGUUCGGCGGAGUGACAAGUGUUCAGCGCAGAUUCGUUCAGCCUACUGUCAUAUCUAAUGUCCUCGAAACUGAUGCACUCAUGCAACAUGAGAUAUAUGGACCAGUUUUGCCAGUAAUCUCAGUAAAAUCGUCAAGUGACGCCUUAGAAUAUGUGCGCAAUUUACCGAAACCCCAGGCUGUGUAUAUUUUUGCCAAAGAGAAAGCGAUAUUUGACGUCUGGAAGAAGUGCACCUCAUCCGGUGGUAUAAUACUAAAUGAUGUUGUGAUGUUUAAAGGGCCAAAUGGGAUGAACUUUGGAGGUGUUGACUCCUCGGGAAUGGGUCAAUAUCGUGGAAAAGCGUCUUUUCAACUAUUCUCUCAUCAGAGGGGUGUUGUUGAACGUUCAACAAAUGAGAAACUCGAUAAAAGGUAUGGUUGCAAAUAUUUUACGAAGUUUUUCGGUGUAAAUUAG